GGCCUCGCGGACGCGGGGUACUGACCAUUCUGGAUCCAGUGGCGACGGAGGGACGACGACGGGGAAAGGGGUGCGAAGGAAGGACACAGGAGAGGGCGGCUGAGGGUAGAAGGGCCCGGGGCUGGCGAUGGAGCUGUACCUCAGCGCCUGUUCUAAGGCUGCCAACGUCGCUGCCACCAAGACUGCCACCAGUGGCCUAGCCUCGGAGAGCCAGCAAUGCGGAGACGGCGUGCACAAAACCCACUUUCCAGGGCUCGGAGCGGGUCAACUACUGGAUCUGCCUCUUGGGGUCAAGUUGCCUAUGAUCCCAGGAAGCAAUACUUUAUACUAUACUACGAAGUUAGGUGAAAAGCUUUUUCGACCUUCUUACGGUUUUAACCUGACUGAUCCUUACUGUCGACUUUUGGAAAACCAAUAUAAAAGUCUCCAUGAUCCACAUUUAAGAGCAUACUAUAAGCGCAAAGAUAUCCUGAGAAGAUUAAAGAAGGGUGGCUAUAUCACCAGCAAUAAUAAAAUUGUAUGUACCUUGAGGGAAUUGAAUAAGUACAGGCAAUAUCUUACCAGUUUAAAAUUAGACUUUGAAAGAAACUAUAUGAGAGAUCAAGAAAUGCUUGCAAAGCAAGUAAAUAAACUACAGGAAAACAAUCAAAUACCUAGACGUUCUGAUGUUGCACGGUUCCAAAAUUGGUUGUUACAGGAAGACACCCAAUCUAUUAAGGACCAGGAACAAUUAAUAAGGAACAGAUAUUUGGAUAUGAUAAGUAGGGAAUUAGAACUUGAGCGUGCAGCAGAAGAGCAACACCUGCUCCGAAUGGAUAGAGAAGAAAGACGACAGCGAGAACGCACAAGAAGAAAACUUAGUCUUCGUAGAAAAAUUGAAGAGGAAUGGAAGACAAAAGAGAUGCUACUUCUGAUGAGGAUUGGAGAAGAUGUUAAAAGAGAAGCUAGGAUAGAGGAACAACGGCGUCGCAGCAGAGAAGAGAGUGACAGGAAGAAACAAGCCCUUCUAGAGAAAAAGAUGGCUUAUCAUUUACAAAAAAUGCAAGAAAAUGGCUUUAAAAGAGAAGAGAUGAGAAACAACACAUUUCAUUACAGAGGACAAGAUGGAACAUAUAGUGAAUCUUAUUCUCCAAAGAAGAAAAAGAAGUCUUUUGAUAAUAUGAACUUAGUUUACCAAGUUGGUGACCAGAGACCAAAUAAAGGAGUAUAUGGGCCUGCAGCAAAUGCCAUUUAUCAAUCUCUAAGUAAUACAAAGAAUGUCGUCAAAAAAUCAGCAACUUUAGUUGGCCAGUCAGAUGUACAAGUUAAUAGUACUGAACAAAAGAAAGAUGGAGUAACUAGAAAAUCAAAUACUUCUGAUGAUAGAGGAGCUGUAAACAUCUCAACUCAAAAUUCAAUUAUUUCAGCUCAAACUUCACCCACAAGAAAUUGUCCAAGAUCUUCACAGUCUUACUUGGAUCCUCCAAAAAAUAAGAAGGAGAUAAAUGCUGAAUGGAAUGAACGAUCAAACAAGAGAUCAAGCUACUUCUGUGAAUCAGGACCUCAGGUUCAUGCCAGAUCCAAGGGUACUUUCCCUUGUCGUAUUUUCACAAAUACAGAACAGAGCUUCUUACAAAAUUGCUGGCAAGAAAAAGUAACUUCUGAAGAACUGAAUAGUAUAAUUCAGAAUGUAAUGACCUGGGUUGUAGCUACAGUGACCACUAUAUUAUACCCAGCCAUCACGAAAUACGAAGAAAGGUUCCGGAAUAAAGCAUACCCAGGGUCUUCUGACUCCAUCCUCUCUUCAGAGAGUUCAAGUUUCUGUAGCACAUGCAGUGGAGAGCUUACAUACAGAAGCUACGCAUCUGCUACUAAUAAAACAUUUCAGCAAGAACCCUGUGCCUUUGAGGUUGACGUCUCAAUAAGGCAACCAACCACACCUUUAAAACCACCUUCUGCUCACAUCAAAAGAACAUCUGUGGGAGAAACAUGCCACGUGAAAGGGCCAGCUAUAACAUCAGAACUCAAAUAUGAUAAAACCAGUAUGGUAUAUGCAAAUCCUAAGCUCAGAACUUGUAAAUCGGAUAGCCACCUUUUAACAUCAUUUGAAACAGGCACAAAAAAAUCUAAGGAUGCUACUACUGAAACAGAUGGCUUAGAGAGUCUACUUGUUCCUGAUCAAAAAGCAAAAGCCAUGGAUGAAAUGAAGAAUUUGAAGAAUGUUUUUGUUAACUUUAAAUGCCACUUAAAAGGGGAAACUGAAUUGAUUUUGGAAAGCAUUUUUCAAGAAAUAGUGUCUGAUUUAACACAGGCCAUUCCCUCUAUUUCUUCUGUUACUGCUGAAGUUUUUGUGGACCAAAGUGAACCUGAAAAGGGAGACUUGCUUUACAAUGUUGAUAUCUGCUCAACAGCCUCAGAGAUAGUGGAGAAUAUGCUUGAGAAGCUACAGUCUGCAGUUGAGAAAAAAUGUGUUGAGAUAUUUUCACAAGAAGAUCUGUCAGUUGACAUUAAGCCAGGCUUAAUACCCAGUAGAGAAUACCUCAGUCCAUCAAAUGGAAAACCUUUAAAAGCUUCACUGCCUUCUAAUGUGGAACCCAUGUGUGACAUUGCAGAGGAUAUGGUACAUGCCAUUUUAGAAAAGCUGAUGACUCUUGCAUCUUGUAAGCGAAAUGAACUGCCUCAUCUUGAAGAUGCAGUUGAACUUUCCGAUCAGCAACCUGUGACAGACCCAACAUACAUAUCCCUCAAAAGAGCCGACAAAAAGAAAUGUAGUCCUGAACCUGAUGCUGCUAAUUUAAUUGUUAAAGAUGAAAUAAAAAGUUUAAUGUCAAAUAUUUUUUCCCAGUCCUCUUUGGUCGGCUAUAUAGAAGAAGCAAUCAGCACUAUACUAGGAUACAUACAAUCUGAACUUAAUGACGAGAGACUUAUUGCAUCUGAAGAAACAGUAAUAUUCCUUCAGCUUCUUGAUGAUAUUUUCACUCAACUACAUCAGGAGCCAGGAAAAGGAGAUGUUAAACAAUGUAGACACUCUAGACUAAGAAGUCCUUCUGACGCUGAAGGAAAGUACAGACUUACUGGCACUAGAUUAUCAAAUGGUCCUAUGUCUAGAAGACCAUUUCCACCUGUUAAUGUUCCUGGCAUGGUCCUUUAUUCUGAAGAUGAUAAUGAAGAAAUAGACAGAAUUGUGAAAAAUGUGCUUGAUUCAUCUUUUAAAGAUGAAAAGCCAAAAUCUCGGGAACAAAUUCCUGAGAAUUGGUUUAAAAAAGGAAACACUUGCUUUGAAUACAAAAGGAAUAGCAAACCACUUAAAGGAGCUACUUCUCGAAGAAACAAAGUUGCAUUUUGCGAUGAGGGAUUAAAGACUGGGCUACCAUCUUUUAAUAAUAAAGAAAUUGUAAAGGAAAAACCCUGUCUGAAUAGAGACAGUUUGAUUUUCAGCCAAGAUGAAAAGCAUCACAUACAAAAGGCCUCAGAAAACAUAGUUAAAAGUAUUUUAACAGAAAUGCUCAAGGACCUAUCUUCUGAUCACUUAGACAGUAAAAGUGGCAAAGCAGCUUCUUCUGUUCUUGUUUCAAAAAAAUCUCAAGGACUGUCACAUCAAGAAUGGAUGGACAAGAUGUUCUCCAUGUCAGAAAUUGGUGCAGUGGCUCAAGAAAUAACAGACGCUGUGUUAAAUAUACUCCACAAGGCCUUAAGCUGCAUUCCAAAUACCACCGAAGGUUCCAUUUCAUCAUCAGUUCAAACUUCUGUAGAUAGUUCUGAUACUCCUCACAUGGUCAAAGAAGCACCAAAUAAAAAGCCAUUAAAAAUAUGGCUUGACAGUGAAAAGAAAGUGAAAUAUUUAUCUUCAUUCAGUGUAGAUACUGUGAGGUCUUCUCUGUUAAAAUCUGAGAAAAGUGAACCUCAACCCAUAGAUGACAUUGCCGAUAUGAUCAUUAAUACAAUUGUUAAAAAGCUGAAGUUAUUCAUUUGUCAGAAAUUGCAGAUGGUCUUCAAACCUUCAGUUGUGAGGCAAUCUUCAUUACAAUCUCAACUUAGUACUUACACAACUAAAGUGGUAAACAUUGUUUUGCGUGCUAUCCAGAAUGAACUAGAACUCAGUAACAGAACCCUAAAUCAUAGCGAAAUAGACCCUGCCAAAUUGCUUACAGGUAAAGGAUUUUUUACUGACACUGAUAAAUUAGAAUCUCUUGUCUCAAAUCUCAAUGAUGACCUUAUGGAAUCUCCGUUAUUAACUUGUAUUUGUGAAAUGUUAUCUAGUGGACAUUCAGAUCAAAGCAAUAUUUCACUCCCUUCAGACCAGCCAAAGCCUGCAACUUCCUAUGGAUCUGACGAUGUUGAUGAACAAGACAUUUUGCCAAGUGGGCAGGAUAAAAAAUCUUUUCACAAAUGUUUGGCUACUCCCUGUGCUCUCCAUAGUGUUGUAAAUGCAAAAGAUCUCAAAGGCAAUGCCAGAUUGCGAGUGUUAGACAGUAUUGGAGAAAUACUAUAUGAAAUGUUAUGUAAGCUCAUAGGAGCCCAUCCUCACCAUCAGCCACCUUGUGGUAGUAAACAAGGCAAAGAAGAGAAUGAAAAUCCUCAAAUGGCUCCUGCAUUGAAGUCUAAUAUUCAGAUCAUUUCCAAAACAAUUUUGGAAUACAUCCUUGCAAAAUUAUGCAGUUUUGAUACGGAUACCAGUUUUGUAAGUUCUGGAUUUAAAGCUGUCUCGGAGUCUCAAUCUCUUGAUAUCGACAGCCUAUCAUUUGCUUCAAUUAUUAAGGAAAUGGCCAAAUGCACUGACAUGAUCUCCAGCAUAGUUUCCAGGAUGAUUCAGGAGGGCAGUAAAGAGGUGACAAAAAGCACAACAAAAACCAUGGCUUCGGUGACUUCCAAAACAGGAAAAACAAAAGAAAUGCAUCCAAAUGAACUGAAAAAUGUAGCUUCAGAUAUUCUUAAUAUGGUUUUUGCUAAACUGGAAAGGUUUGCUAAUGGAAAUUUAGAAACUCUGGGUUGUGUUAAUGAUGGAAAUGAAAAAAGCAAUAAGAUCGACUUGGAAUGUGAAAAUCCCAGUGUUUUCACAGACACACAUGAAGAACUAUUGCAGUCUGCUUUAUACAUGAAUGCAAAAAAGAUAUCGAGUACUAUUUUGAAAGCUAUUCAAACAGAAUUAAAUAUGAACUCAUUAGAUUUAAGGACAAGUGUAAAUGCCCUACCACCUGAGAAACAAGUGCUUAAGAAUAUAGUCAAUUUAAUUUUAGAUGCAGUGUCCUCAGAUAUGUUUAAUGAAACUGAAUCUGAAGAGGGAGUCCCUAAAACUUAUCAAUACAGGCCAACCUAUGGAAAUUUUCUUCCUGGAGGUGCUGAAUCAGAUUCUAUUCCUGAAGAUGCCUCACAUACAGAGAAAGAAUUCACUGUGGAGAGAACAUUAUUAAGAGAAGAAACUAAAUCAGAUUCUCUUAAACAGUGGGUUCUAGAGAGAGCCUUAAGCAAAAUUGAAGUGAAACUCAAAGAACCACAGAAAUCUCCAGUUGUUCCCAUUAUAAGAAACAUUUUGAAUGAAAUUUUCCACAGUGCGUUGGUCAAUCAGUUAAACGUGCUUUCUCUAUCCCACUCUCAUUUAAGUGGCAUCCCUCACAACACUGAUGAGCCAGUUCCUCAAACAUCUGUUCAAUUUAUAGAUAAAAUAGAUAAAAUGAUGGGUCCUUUAGUGUCUGAAGCAGAUGUAAUCAUAGUGGCAGAUGAUGUUGUUAGAACUGUAUUUCAUAAGCUUUCUGCAGCUGCCAUGCCAGAAAGAAACACAAGUGAAAAUAGGUAUAAAACCAUCACCUUUAGAGCAAAUGUUUCUUUACAUGAACACACCAAUGGAGGGAAGUCUUCUGUUACUGUGCUAGACAAGAACCCUUGUACUCCUAAGUCCAGAUUCAGUGUUGACAAACAGGCUAAAGUAAAUGUAGUUGAAGAUAUUGUACAGGCAAUAUUAACAAAUUUAGAAACUUUUGCUACUUCCAAAGUAAAAUCUCUCUUUUGUCCCAAAAUCAACUUCACAGUGCCAGUGGCUUUGGAUAAAAAUGCAUUAAGCAAAGCAUUAUCAGUCAAAGAUUUGUAUUCUGAAGACCAAUUUUCCCCUUGCUCAGUGGAUCGUAUUACCUCAGAAAAGACCAACUCAGUGUGCCAACUCUCCUUAAAUAAAUUAAAUACAUAUGCAACAGAAGUGGCUAAAAAAAUUUUACAAGGAAUCAAACAUGGGUUAGAUAAAGAAAGGGGAAGAAGUCCUUUCUUAACACAUAACAUUGUGGUUUCUGAAAAUAUUGCAAGUCAAAUUGUUAACACGGUGUUAGAUAUUGUGUCAUCUAAAGGAAAAUGUGACGAAAACAAUCCUGAGGAAGAGAUUAAUUCAGAUCAACAAGAAGGUAUUAUUGAAAAGCUGUUUAAUAAGACUGAAUAUAGAAGAGUACUUCAGUUUCAAAUACAAGAUACCAUUGAAGGUAUCUUAUGUGAUAUUUAUGAAAAAACACUGUAUCAGAAUAAUCUACCUUGUGCCACAUCCACUCGGAAAUGUAGCAUAGCUAGAAAACAUUGUGGAGCAAACUCUGAGAUAUUCACUGAGGAUGCAAAUAAGAUUAUCCCAAAACUUUCAGUGCCUAAAUCAGAUGUCAUUUUGAUAUCUAAUGAUAUAGUGGAUAUUGUUCUUCAUAAUCUCAGUUCUAUUGUCAUGCUUAGCAUAAAUGCAAAGAAUCUUACUUCUGCAAAAUUGCCCCUGACUGUUUGUGACAUAUCUUCAAAAGCAGAGUGUCAACAGCCUCCUCUUAUGGGGUCAAAAAGUGAAAGACAAACAGAGCAUUGGCCAUCCUCAAGAAAUCUGGAAUCAGCUUAUGCUGAUGAUUGUCAGAUAACAAUAGAGAAAGAAGACAAUAAAUCUGCUCCUGACCCAUGUGAGGAAAAUGCCAACUUCAUUACUAAAAUUAUUUUCAAUAGGUUAGAAGCUUUUGCCACAGAAAGAAUAGAUUCACUAAUUAUUCUUGCUUUCCAGCCUAGAGAAGAGUCAUUUGAUAGCCUGGAACUGGAAAAUUAUAAACAAGAUGAUAGUAUCUUUCAUGAGUCAAGCCAAGUGGAAUCAAAUGUCCUGAAAAUAUCCACUAAAACUAUCCUCAGCCAAGAACUCACAGAUUCCACUUUUGCAAGGUACAGAGAAAAUCUUGAGUCCCCAAUUCACCUAUCACAAGCUACUCUUAAGGAAUAUGCUGAUAUCAUUGCCAGUGCCACUUUGAAACUUAUUAAAAAUGACUUAGACUUAGAAAUCCAAAAGAUGUAUCCAUAUCCAAACAACAUUUUAUUCCAAGAAAACAUCAUUGUGAGUGGAAUUGUGAACAGUAUCUUAGAGAGUUUAUAUGAUAAAAGAUCUGCAAAGGAAAUUAGUGUUUACUCAAAAGACAAUCCUCAAUUAUUUUCACAACUAACUGUAUCAAAUGAAAUAUUGCUAGGACAAAGAGAGCAAGAGAAAAAUAAACUAUCUCAGUUUUCAAAAUAUCCUUUAGAACAAAACCAAAUGGCAUUGGAAAAAGAAAGCCAGAAUAUUUUUUUGGAAGAAAUAUUUAUGAGAAAUGGAAAAUCAAAACAAAAAGAAAAGGCUGCACUGCUCAGUGCGGUGGAAGAAGUGUUAACUACAGUUCAUCAAAGAAUAAUGGAAAUCAUAGGCCAUUUGCAGCCAUUUAAUGAAAUUCCCCACUUUGUAUCUAAUUCUAAAAUUAAAACGUCAGACAUAACACAAAAAAACUUUAAAUCACAGAUUAACAGCGUAACAAAUAACAUAGUCGAAAGUGUUUUGGGGAAAAUGUACUCUAUAGUUACAUCAUUAAAUGAAAGUAACAAAAAAGAAGCAUCUGACAGCAAUGAUACCUUGUCUAAGAAAGCAGCAUGCAUCAAAGAAACUAAACAAGUAGGAAAAGGGUGUAAUCCCACCAGAUGUGUGCUACCGCAGGUUUAUCCUUAUGCAGGCAGUCAAAAUGUCUCUCUAUUAGAAAACAAUUUUUUUCAAUAUUCACCAUUGCAAGUGGGGAAAGAUUUAGUCCAAAUAGUUCUUAAUAAGAUCAUAAAUUUUGCCUCAACUCAUCUAGAAGAGACCUUGUCCCCUGAAAGUUGUUCUGAUGAGUUGCAACCUCUAAAGCUACACAGUUCUAAAGUGGGCUCUAAGGGCAGCCCUAAACCAGAUUUUAAAACAAGUUUAAAAGCAAAAUCAAAAGUUACUCCUUUGCCUAAAUUUAAAACAAAAUCACACCUAGGACCUAGUGGUUCUAAGGUCAAGAUCAAGACCAAGUUAGGUCCUAGAGAGAAGACUCCAAAAGGCAAUCAGUCCAAGGCUACCACUGGGCUGCCACACACCCAAUCAACAGGUGAUGCCCAAAACUUACUGGAAAUGAAACUGCCCACUUCAGAACUAAAAAUGUAUGCCAAAGAUAUAGUAAGUAAUAUCUUGGAAACAAUUGUGAAAGAAUUUGAAAAGAUGAAGCAAACUAGAGCAAUGAUAAAUGUUAAAGCUUUACCAUUCGAUCAAAUCAUGGCAGCAAAUAAAAUAGUUAACACAGUUUUGCAAGGAUUAUAUGCUACAAGUAACCGCAAUGUGGCUUCUCCAAUCAAAUGCUCACAUGUGGAUGAUCUCAGACUUACACAGGGGAAUUCAGAUGCAGAGUAUAUUGCCAAACAACAAGCAUGUUUUUACUUGGAAAAUGUUUCUUCACAGCUAGAACAGAUUUUUCCUAAAGAAGGUAUAUUUAAAAAAUUGUUUGACAAAUGGCAAGCAGAAUCAAAUGAUAUGGAAAAUGAAAAGUAUACACUAAUGACGAUAGCUGAAAAUGUGCUGACUGAAAUCCCAAUAAAAACAAAAGAAUUAGAACAUUCUCUUUCACUUUUAAAUUUGCCACAUCUUAAGGAUUGCGAAAGCAGGUUCUAUAAUCAUUUCAAAGGAACCUCUACUAGAGUUGAAGACACCAAAGCACAAAUUAAUAUGUUUGGAAGGGAAAUUAUUGAAAUGCUGUUUGAAAAAUUACAGCUCUGUUUUUUGUCCCAGGUGCCCUCUCCAGGUAGGCAAGAAACUCUAGCAAGUAGAAAAGAACAUAUUAGUACUAAAAGUAAAUAUGAUUUGCCAAUCAAGGACAUCCUCGGCAGUGUACCAAUAUCUAACACAAAGACAAUAAACCAAAUUUCUCUGGGAUCUAGCAACCAAAUUGUUAGAGAAAUUAUAGAAAGGGUUUUAAACAUUUUAGAGUCAUUUGUAGAUUUGCAGUUUAAAUAUAUCUCUAAAUAUGAGUUUUCAGAAAUAGUGAAAAUGCCUAUAGAAAACUUUUUCCCUAUCCAACAGAGGCUAUUAAGCAAAAACAUGCUGCCAAAAUUACAACCAUUGAAAAAGUUUUCUGAUGAACCCAAUUCAAAUACUAUUAUUUCCAAGGAAAACAUACAGAAUACCCUUCUACAGGUUCACUCAUUCCAUUCAGAAUUAUUUACAUAUGCUGUUAAUAUUGUCAGUGACAUGCUUGGUAUAAUUAAGAACAAGCUAGAUAAAGAAAUAAGCCAAGUGGAACCAUCUUUAGUUAGUACAUUGAAAGAGACUGUUAUAGCAAGUGAGAUCAUUGGCACACUAAUGGACCAGUGCACUCAUAUCAAUAACCUUCCAAAGGAAAGUUUGUUCCAAGGAAAAGAAAAUACCUAUAUUGUUAAUCAAGUUGAAUUGGCAACCGAUAUGAAAAUGCCCAUGUCAAAGUUAAAGGAAGUUACUUUGGGAAAUAAUCCUUCACAAAUCAGUGUACCUAGUUUUGUGUGUUAUCCAGAGGAAAAUACGAAAAAAAGGCAUAAGCCUUCAUCGAACUUACCCUCAUAUGCCAGACCCUCUGUAGAAGGUACAAUUAAAAGCUCAGAGCCAGUGGAAAUGCUUGAUUCAGAAAAUAUAACAUCAUGCUCUAGAAACCCAGUACAAGACUACAGCCCGAGGGAAUCGAACUUUGGCCUUUUUGACCAAACCAUGAAAGGAAUCAGCUCUCUCCCUGAAGGAAGUGUCUUACAAAAACUGUUUAAUAAAGCAAAUGAAUCCACAGAAGCAGCAUUAAAACAAGUCAUGUCAUUCAUAGAAAUAGGAAAAGGUGAAAAUCCGAGAGUAUUUCAUUAUGAAACUCUAAAACCAGUUGAGCCAAACCAAAUUCACACAACUGUAUCUCCACUCAAAAUAUGUUUAGCUGCAGAAAAUAUUGUCAGUACUGUGCUAUCAAGCUAUGGUUUUCCAAGUCAACCACGCAUUAAUGAAAACAUGGAAACAAUGAAACCAUUUUUCAUAUCAAAGCAAAACUCUGUGUCUAUAAUAUCCGGACAAAAGAAUGAGGAAAAAAGUCUGCUUAGAAUGUGUGAUAAAAAAACCAGCUGUAUACCUGAAGAAGAAAAUAAAAAACCUAAAGCCAGUAGAGGAGAUUUUUCUUUAUUGCAAAAAUGGGAAAGUAAGAGAUACCCAAAGAUAAAGACCCUGAAGGAAGUUAAAGUCAUCACUUUUGCUGAUCACGAGCUGGGUCCAAAUGAAAUUCAUUUGGUAGCAAGACAUAUCACCACAUCUGUGGUCACAUAUUUCAAGAACUUUGAAACUAGAGCUUCCAAUGAGGAGAAAUCUAUUAUUUCUACAUUAUCAAGGAAAAAAUGUGAAUCACAACAGCCUCUAAGAAGUAUAUACAAUGAUUCUUCACUUAAUCAAUUUUGUGAACAUCUUACUGAGUCUGUCAUUUGCCAUUUAACUUCAAGCAUUUCUGGUAACACCAAAGAUAGUAGAGAAAAAGAGAAAGCAUUGGAAAGCCAAAAUGCAACAUUUAACAAGAUUAUUUCAAUUGAUUCUCAAAUGUUUGAGAGUAGGUCAAUUUCUAUUGGAGAACUUGCUUUAAGUAUUUCCGAAAUCAUUACCGAAAUCCUCUUUAACAGUAACAUUAUAGAGGUUGACAUUGCACAACAAAUGUGUCCUUUAAAAACAAAGUACAUUUACUGCCCAGGAGUAGCUGCUGAUGACUUUGAUAAUCUCUUUCAGGAUCUUUUAACAGGAGUAAUUCAUGUAAUGUCCAGAGAAACAGGAAAAAACCAUCAUCUUGAAAGCAAUGGAAGAAAAAAAUCAUUUUCCGUGCUUAGAAAAAAUAGUGUGCCCAUUUGCAAUGAAACAAAUACCAUGGAAAGACAGAAAGGAUCCAGAAAUUGUGAAGCAUCUACUUACCAAAUAGAUCAUCUCCUUCAAAAAAAUAAAUUAAAUUAUCUGGCAUGUAAGUUAGACAAUCUGGUUGGUAGUCUAAAAACUUGUGAAUCCAAAGAAGUAGUCAACAAAGUUUUUAAUAUUGUUUUAGAUUUAUUUUCACCAGAUGAAUAUCCAGGUGAGGCCAUGAAUUCUAAUAAAAAAGCAGGAACAUUUUUCUCAUCCUCAAAUGAGCAGCAAACUAAUAGCGUACUUGGAAAUAACUUUGGCCUCACCCCCAAAUCAGUUUUUCUUCUCAAUGUUGUGUGUGAGAAACUUAUCAGAACACUUUUGGAAAAAUGCACAAGCACUGUUUUUCUUGAUAAUAGCCCUCUUUCUGAUGAAAUAUCAGCAGAAGAAUGUAAACUUUUAAAAAUACUGCAAAGUGUAGAAGACAAAGAAUUUGAUUAUUGUAAGGGAGCAAUGGACUGUGAACAAUUUCAAGGAGAUUAUAUGUCAGACUAUUUGGAAAAUCUGGCAGAAAUGGAUCAAGAUUUAUUAUCAUCAGACUCUAUGCUUACUAUUAUUUCCCACAGCUUGGUUAAAUCAUUGAUGGACAAACUAUGUCACAGUACACAACUCCCCCAAAGCCCACCUUUUGCAAACAAGCAUUUGAGGCACACAGGAAGAGAAAUACAGUCUAGUUUCAUAAAUGCACAAAGGCCAGAAUUAACAGAAUUAGGACAAGGUAAAGCCUUUUUAGGAUUCGUGAAUUAUGAUGGUAAUGCUUUGACAAGAUCCCUGAACAAUCUCAGAGGGUUUAGCCCCCAAAAGCAAUCACCAUUUGGCAAGAAAUGUUCAGUAAAUUCCACUUCUGUGUCCCCUCUCAAAAGACAGGGAACAAAGGAUAUGGAUUCAAUACCCAUCCAUUAUAAGCUAUAUCCAGGAGAUAUAAAUAUCGGUGUGUAUUCAGCCACAUUUUUGGAGGAGAUAAUUUCAGAACUGUUUUUUAAUCUCUCUACUUCACUGUGGGGAAAAAAUGAAAACAUCACCGAGGGCCGGCUCAAUGAGAUGAAUACAUUAUUUGUCAAUGGUGUAGUAAAUAAGUUUAAUAACGCACAAGUCACUGUCUUACGGGAUGUUGAAGAAAGGCUGUGUUUUCCACCAAUCCAUAAAGAAACGAUUAGUAGAAUUGUUGACUCAGUUUAUUAUGAUGUUUUACAGCAAUAUAAAUUGAAAGUGACUUGUGAUGAUAAUCUGGCAUGUGACAAUACCUCAAUAGCAGAACAAAUAACUAAUAACAUAUUGUUAGAGAUUUUAGACUACCAACUCCCAUCUUGCUUCAGAGAAAAGCUCAUACCAAAUUCAUAUUACCCUCUCCAAGCUGAAAUUAUACUGCAGAAACUUCAAAAUAACUUGAGAAAAUUUACUUCCCAGUUCAGGUCUUCAACAGGCUACAGCACCAUGUUGUCACAUUCAUUUUUAGAAGACAUCACCAGAAGACUUUUAUCUCAACUGAUUCCUUCACCCAACAAGACCUCCCCUUUGGGAAACAAAUAUUUCAUGAGUUCAGAUUUCAAUGAAAUGUCUACUUGUAUAAUAAAUAAGGUUAUGUCAGCCAUUUCAAAACAUAAAAUUUGGUUCACUAUAUACGAUAAUCAGUAUCUAUGUAGCGGAAAAAACCUCCAGAAGAUGGUGGAUACCGUUUAUCACAAUAUUAUGCAAAUGUCUGAUUCUCUUGUUUCAAUACAGAAAAGUAUAGCCAGCCGAAGCCCAAUUAUGAUUGACCGAAUAGCCAGUUUUAUUAUCCAAGAGAUUAUUGAAAAUCAUCUUCAGCCAUUUUUGUGUGGAGAAGGUUUACCUCGUCCAAAGACUCCAUCGGAUGCCGUAUCAAAUAUGGUUAAACAGGUUCUCAAUGAAGUUAUAGAGUCACAGAGACCCCACACGCCAUCACACUUAGGUAUUUAUCCUGAUACAUUUGUAGGGGCAAUUGUUGCCAGACUUUUAUCAAAGAUUUUCAGUCCAAAGCAUAACACUAAAAUUGAACUAGAAAAUAUGACCCAAAAAAUAGUAAACUCAAUAAAUAACCAUUUUAACAAAGCUAAAAUUCACAUUCUAUAUGAUGGCAAAGAACAGUCUUACACCUCUGCAGAUACAGAUAUUGUGGAUAAACUUGUCACCUCGAUUUAUAGAAAUGUUUUAAAACAGCAUGGGCUAGACCCUGAGGUUGAUAAAGAGUCUGAAGACAGUGAUAUUUUUGUGGAAAAUAUUACAAAGUUAAUUGUAGCAGCUAUUUCAGAUUACCUUCUUCAUCCUCUAUUUUCUGGGGAUGUGUCAUCAUAUUCCUCUUCUAUUUCAAUGGCUGAGAAUAUUGUUCAGGACACUCUUGGUAACAUCAGUAAAUCUACCAAGACAAGUCAGAAUUUAUCUCCAUAUAACACCUUGCUGCCAUACACGUUUUUGGAAGACAUGGUAAGAGUACUGUUAUCUAGAAUCUUUCCUCCUGCAUCUAGCAUUGUUCCAGAUAGAGAAAGCCCAAAAGACAGAUUAAGAAUGAAUUUCAACGAAAUUGCUUCAGAGAUAAUCAGUGAUAUUAGGAUGAAAAUUUCCCAACAUGAAAUUCGGUUUUCAAAAAAUGAAGAAGAAACCAAGUUUGUUUAUUCCGAAGAUGAUGUUCAGCAUCUCGUGGACUCAGUAUUCAAAAAUAUUUUGCAAAACUCUGAGUCUCAAGAAUUAGUUGAGCAAAAUAUCACAAGCAGUAAUGAUGUUCUUAUUGAUAGAAUAGCAGGUUUUAUCAUUAAACAUAUCUGUCAACAACAUCUUCAGCCAUUUGUGGAUGGAAAGUUAUUACCUUCUUCAUCAUAUAAAUAUUUUGAUGAUGAGAGAAAACAGUGGUUUUAUGCCAGUGUUUAUUCCUCAACUUUCUUGGAAGAUGUAGUCUCUGGGGUUUUAAGCAAAAUAUUCCACAGGGUGUUAGGCAUUGUACAAACAACAUCAGUAAGGGAUUCAGAAGAUGAACUGUUUGAUAAAGCUGAAAAACUCAUCCAUUUGAUAGCAGAGGAAUUCUCAAAAGUUGAAGUUAGCAUUCUAGAGAAUGCUGAGGAACAACUGUGUUUGCCUCCAGUGGAGAGAGAUGCAGUCAAGAACAUUAUCGAUAUGGCAUACAGCAAACUUCUUCAAGAACAUGAAAUGGAAAUAAUGUCUCCUAAAGAUUUUCUAAAUGACACAAAAACAUUGGCUGCAAGGAUAACUAAAAUCAUCCUUGCUGAAACUUUUGAUUUCCAAAUUCAUCCACACCUCAUAGGAAAGAUUCCUUUUAAGUCACACUCCAAACUCAAUACUAAUGUUUUAAUAAAAAGACUUCAGUGUAAUAUUACCAAAUCAAAAUUUCAAAGGCAGGCAUCAACAAUAUAUACCACCAUGUUAUCACAUACUCAUUUGGAAAAAAUUGUCACUCAGCUUAUAUCUCAGAUGACUCCAUUGGCCUCCAUGACAGAACACCCAGAUACUUCUCAAUCAGACUUAAAUAAUACAGUCACAAAACUGAUAAAUGAAAUUAUGUCAAUAAUUUCAAAACAUGCAAUAUGUAUUAUUAAACAUGGGAAUGAAAAACAAAGUAUGAUUUCAGAAAAAGAUAUCCAGUCUAUGGUUGAUUCCAUUUAUGCUGAUCUUUCAUGUUCAAACCUAUACCAAUCCCUUACAAGAGAUAAAAAAGGUAUAAGUAAUAUAGCUGUUUCAAAAAUAGCAAGUUUUAUAAUAAAAGAAAUCUUUAACCACCAUCUUCAGUCAUUUUUAUCUGAAGAUAAAACUCUUGUUUCAGCUGCAGUUGAUCAAACAUAUAAACAGAAAGCAAUAGAUCCUAAAAAAAGAGAGUUAUCUUUCAUUGUGAACUCGGCUGUGUUUUGGGAGGAGGUAAUUUCUGAGCUUUUAUGUAAACUCCUUUGUGCAUUCUCACACAAUUUCUUGGCUGCUGAAAACCCAGAUACAGUAAAAGCCAAAAUUACUGGUAUUGUUACAACAUUAGUAAAUUCGAUUGUUCUGGAGUUUACCACAUCAGAGAUUUUAGUUGCAGAUAACUUUGAUGAUGACAUGUGUUUUUCAGAAGGAUAUAAAGAAAUUGUUAAAAACACAGUCAACCUAAUUUAUGAAAAAAUUUUAGAUGAUUAUAAGUCUCUGAUGCAAGUAUACAGGGCUGUACAAAGUGACACUAUUUGUUUUGGGAGAAAAAUAUACCAUUUGCUAUUGGAGGAAAUUUAUGAUUAUCAGAUGCAGUCAUUAGUUUCAGGAGAAUUAGUGUCUUCUUCCUAUUCUUCCCCUCAAGCUGAUAAUAUCAUCAGAAAUGUGCUCAAUGUCAUCACAAAGGAUAGCCAUACCUUGCCAUCAUGUAUUACUGUGUUGCCUCGUUCUCUUUUGGAAGAUAUGAUUUACAAGCUGCUAGUGCAUAUCUUCCCUUCAACUGACACUGAAAGUGAGCUAAAAGAGGAAGAAGUUACAUCCGAUUGUGAGUUUGUAGAUGCAGCUUCAAAACUGACAGAUGAAAUUAUCAAAGAAAUUUCUGAACAUGAGAUUCGCCUUGCCACAGCAGAGGAGAAUGCAGAAAGUAUGCAAUUAGAAGUGAUUGAGAGCUUGGUUGACUCUAUAUGUAAUAAUAUUUUGAAGAAAUCUGAAUUUCAAGCUGAAGUACAGAAAGGUACAGACAAAAAAGGAGGCUCAUUCCUCAGUAAAAUAGCUGGAUUCAUCAUGAAAGAAAUCGUGGAUCAUCAUCUGCAUCCAUUUUUACAUGGUGAAGAACCAUCUUCCAGUGACUUCUCUGAUUAUGAGCAUGUGUCUGUACUUAGUAAACCUGAUAAAGAAAAGACACAGCCUGCUCUUUAUUCAGCUACAUUUUUGGAAGAUGUAAUCGUUGAGCUUGUUCAUAAAUUUUAUUCUCUUCCAAGUAUUACUAAAGAUUCUAAGAAAAAAGAAAUGGUAGAGCCAGACCUUGUGGGCUUAGCUAUAAAAUUUGCAAACUCUCUGAUAGGAGAAUUUAGGAAAAGUGAAAUUAAAGUUCUACCAAAUGCUGAAGAAACGCUUUCUUUUCCACCAAUUCAUAAAGAAACAGUUGACAAAAUAUCCAAUUUUGUGUAUGAUCAGUUCAUAGGAAAGUAUGGAUCUAGUGAUAUUCAGAAGGUUGAUAAAAGUAACAUUGUCAUAGAAAUGAUUGCCACUUUAGCUCAGAAGGCAAUCUCUGCUUUUAAGAUUCAACCACUUUUUUCAGGAGACUGGUCUUCCACCUUCUUUUCAUUUCUAAAUCCAGAUAACAUCACCCAAAAGGUUCAGCAUUUACCGCAGCAAACCUCUACACAGAUAAACAAAUGCUUAAAAGGGAAUGAACUUGCUUUACCAAAACAUUCAUAUAAACACAGUUUUGCAACCAUAGACGAGAAAAACGUGCUGGACACUUUGGAAAUAGACAGCGGUACAAUAAGUAGAAAGAAAAGACUCAAAACUGAAGAGACCUCAAUGAAAAAAGGUGACAUCCAAGAUCCAAUAGUUCCCUCUGCAACUAGAAUUAUGAAAAGCAACAUAGUUAACCCGUUAUCAGGGUCAGCUGAAAGUGUGGCAAACAAAAAGAAAGAGACAGAAAAUAAAAUGGAAACUUCCAUUAAAAAACAUGAGAAUUUAUCAAGAGUUACUUUUCCAACCACCAGUGUGAAAAGUAAAGUUAUGCAGGAGCCAGAUUUAAAGAUAACUCUAAAAAACAAUCACAUUGAGAAGAAAAACAUAUCAGUUUCAAAAUAUAAGAAGAGACAAUAUAAUAAUAUAAACAUACAAUUUCCUACUGAUGAUACAGAAUAUGAGGAGGAAGUACUUGGACCAAAAUUUGAAAUAAACAUUGAAAAGAAGACUGACUAUACAAGAGAAAAUGCAUUUAAAAAAGAAGGCAAGCCCUUUCAGUUAUCUUUGACAUCUGAAGCAAGAAAUACAGAGACCACAGCAGAGAAUUUUUUGAAAACAGUUACCCAAAAGCCAAAUAAUGAGGAUGGAAAAGACUCUCCGUCUCAAACAGAUAUAAGUGAGAAACAAUACUCAGAUUAUGAGUAUGUUCAAAAUGUCACUGAAAACAUUUAUGACAAUAUCUUAGAAAUAUGUAAUUCUCCAGAAUCAGCAAAUUAUGCAAAACCCUGCAGUCUCCCAAAUGAUACAACAUUGCUUGCAAUUCAAGAAGUUGGUGAAGAUUUUACACAGUCUGUGUCAACAAAGGAUUCAUCCCUCUCAAUUAACAAAAAUCUCCCUGUCAAAGAGAAAGAGAGAAAUAAAGAAAGAGAGAGAGAGGAAGAAAGAGAGAAAGAGAAAGAGAGAGAGAGAGGGAAAAAAACAGAAAAAGUGAAAAGUAAGGAGAUUAAAAAUGAACCCAGUAAAUCAGACAGUCCUCGCUACCCACCAAAAACUAAACCCGGAAUUGCUCCUGCUAAAUUUUUAGAAGAUGUUAUCACUGAAAUGGUUAACAAAUUGAUCUUUUCUUCCUCAUCAGAAACACAAACAUGUGAUAGACGUCAAAAUGUAAGAGAUGAUGAAAAUCAAUCUGAACUUUAUGACACAGCUGUGAAACUUAUGCACUCACUGUUAAAGGAAUUUUCAGAUGCUCAAAUUAAGGUAUUUAGGCCACAUAAGGGAAAUCAGUUUUUUCCACCUGUAGAUAAAGUGUCAUCAGUUCCUAAAGCACUUCUUUGGCAUAAAGAAUCAACUACAGAUGAAACAUCAUCCAACAGUAAGAAAAUAACUGUGGAUAGAAUGCCACAUAUGCAUAAAGUGACUAGAAAACCCUCAUCAAAUAAGAUAUCUUUAGAUAAAAUACAAGCAAUUGAUAAAACAUUGGUUGACAAAGUUGUUCAUUCUUCUGUAUGCAAUAUUUUGAAGGAAUACGGAUCUCAGGAUUCCAUUUGUAAAAAUAUAAAGAGUAAUGGGGAAAAUUUAGCAAGAAGACUAGCCAGUACAGUGAUAAAUGAAAUUUUUCAACAUCAACUUGAUUUCAUAUUUUGUGAUGAAGUUCCAGCUUCAGCAUGUUUGCCUCUGGAAUCUAAAGAUGUUAAAAACAUCCGAAAGGUGGCACAAACAGCCAGCAAAGAAUGUCAAACAUUAUCACCAUAUACCAUCCUGCUGCCUCACAAAUUUUUGGAAAAUGUGAUUUUUGCUCUUUUAUCCAAAAUUUUCUUAACAGAAUCCAACACGGAAGUAGAAACAUCUGAGUACAGUUGGUUCACAGAAUUGGACUUCCUUCAAAUGAAUUUAUUAAAUACAGUUACAACAGCAAUCUCCAAUGAUAAAGAUAUGACUAUACAAUAUGUGGAAUGCUUGCAUCCCAAUGAUGAUGAAAUUAUUCAAUUAGUGAUGCAUUCUAUUUAUAAUAACCUCUUAUCACAGUUUGGAUCACAAGAGAUUAUACAAAACUGUGUAGCCAGUGGAUGCAGAAUCCUUUCAGAAACCAUAGUUGACUUAGUUAUGCGAGAAGUGGCUGGCAAUCAAUUGCAAAACUAUUUUUCUGGAGAGCUAACUCCACAUCAGUGUGCAGAAGUUGACAAUGUUGUUGAAAAUAUUCUUAAAGAUGUUAUCCAAACUGCUGAUGCUCCCCAGCCUCAACCAUCACAUGUUCAUAUACUGCCUUAUAACAUGAUAGAAGAAAUUGCUGUAAAAUUUUUAUCAAAGCUUUUAUCUGUGUUUCCAAAAGUGGAUAAGGAAAGAACCAAAUCUCUAGAAACUGACAUGCAAAAAAUAAGCUCAAAAAUAAUAAAUUCAAUACAAGAAUUUAUCUCCAAAAGUAAGAUUAAACUUGCACCACCAGCCAAGGAAUUGCCUACUGUACCUUUAGCUAACAAUGAAACUAUUGAAAAGGUAGUUAAUUCUGUUUACACCAGUGUUUUAAAGCACUCUGGCUCACACACUUCUAUAUUUAAGGAUUUAAUGGGUAAAAGCAAUGUCCUCUCUGAUGUAAUAGGUUUUUUAAUGGUGAAGGAAAUUUCCAAUUCUGAGUUUCAACCUCAAGUAGAGGACAAAGCAUCUAGUUCAGAAUUAGUUCUGGAAGCUGUCAAAAUUAUGGAAAAAGUGGUCAAAAUUGUUGAUGAAUUUAAGUCCCAGGAAAAGUCUUCAUUCAAAGAAGAGUCUAUGUUAGAUGCCAGGUUUUUAGAGGAAGCACUGGCCUUGUUCUUGGCUAAAAUAGUAAGGUUGCCAAGUGCUUCAAGCAAAGAUGCAAAAAAUUUAUCAAAGCCUGAGUUAAAUAAAAUUGCAUCUCAACUGACAAAAUCAGUGACAGCUGAAAUUUCCCAAAGUAACAUUAAUCUUGUUGCUGCUGAUCCUGAAGGACACUUUUUAAAUCCAGAAAGCAUAGAAAUGAUUUCUCAGGUUAUUGAUUCUGUAUACAGUAAAGUUCUGCAACAAUCUGGAACCCAUAAAGAACUCUAUGAUGAUAUAAAAGGUACAAACACUGUUUUCUCUAAAAACGUGGCUGGUUUAAUUAUUAAUGGAGUUUCACAGUUUCCAUUAGAUACAGUUAGCACAAAGAAUUCAAAUGCUAAUCUCUCUGGAAAUCUAGAUGUUAAUAAAAUUAUUCAAAAGGCACAAGAGCAUGUGGCUAUUGAUACACUCCCUGAGUUGGAGGAAGAAGAGCCAUAUCAAGAUUCAAAUGAAGAGAAUUUUCCAAUUAAAAUAGUUCCACACGUUGGGAGUAAAGCAAUCAAAAUAGAUCCAAAAAUUAUUUCAGAACACUUAGCAGUACUUUCUGUAAAAACCCAACCUCUUGAGAAACUCAAGAUGGAGUGUUUGAGAAAAACUGGACAUAGCAUAACAGAACUGAGAAAAGCAUCAAUAAGCGGGAGAAGCUACUCCUUACCAGACACAUCUAAUGUAGAAAAUAUACAGAGAGAAAGACGUAUCUCAUUGAAUCAGGUGGGACGACUGGAUGUAAAACCCUUCGAGGCUGUUUGCAGAAAUUCAUUUCAGAAUAUAAGAAAGCCUGAUAUCACCAAGGUAGAGCUUUUAAAGGAUGUUCAGACCAAAAAAGAUCUUAUUAUUCGGUUAGUAGCUCAUGAUAUUGAUCAAGAAGAUUCAGAAAGUAUCAUAGAAGAGGGACUAAUGUCUGAAGAUGAAGUUGUUUUAAGAGAGGUUGUAAAAGAAGAAUACUUCAGAGAGCAAUUUGAAGACCAAGUGAAAGAAGCCAUGAAGCCAGUAGAAAGCAAAGUUGUUUCUCCCAAGCCAACACUAAGCACAAACACCCUGAGAAAUUUUUUUUCUUUAAGAAAAUGUUGUCAGUCCACAUCCAGUGCAAAUAUUGAAAGGACUGAAGGAACCUCAAAUCAUAUAAUAGAACUUAAGGGGAGAAAAGUUAAAAGAACCAUUGCUGAGUUUGACAUGGCCACGUGCUCAACAGCCGUGACUGAAACAGACUCUUGGAAGAAAAAGCCACAGAGUAAGAAAGAAGAAAGGAAUCUUACUACUGAACCAACACAUCACUUCAUACACAGAAUUAUGAGUUCAUCUUCAUAUAACCUAGAAGAUCUGAUUUCAUCUUCCAGUGAGACUGAAGAUUUUUCCUCAGAUACAAGUGCCAAAAUAUUAGAAGGAAAUUCUCAGGAGCAAAAGCCAGAGAAUUCAAACAAUGUGAAGUUUAUCACCAUCUUUGAAGGAAACAAGAAUAUUGUUGGCAAUGUACAUUCCUCAAAAGAAGUCAUUUCAGAAACUCCCAAGCCUAGUAUUUCCAAACAAGGAUCUAAAAUGUUGGCAAAGGUAUCUUCAGCUCUCUCAAAGGUGUUUUCUCGAAGUAACACCAAUAUUUCCAGAUCUCCCUCACCACCUGACCAAGAUGAGCCCUGAAGCUUUUAUACCUGAUAGAACUAUGCUUACUUCCCUUAGAAAAUAAAGUGAUUUUUAAAGCAUAA